ACAUGGCGGAAUACGGAGGCAGGUUUGAAAGUGCAAAAGCCAUCGAGGAAAGAAGAGAAUUUAAACGAAAAGCGAGAGAGGCAAUUGUGACCAAGGCUCAAGCUAAAUAUCAGAGAGAAGAGCAACAGAAGCAGCUCAAGCACAUGCGUGGUGAGGACACAUGGAUGUUACCAGAAGUCAAUGAGCGACUGGAGCAGUUUUCAGAGGAACAUUCUAUUAAAGUAAAGAAGAAAAAAGAGAAAAAAAUGAAGAAAAGCAAAAAAGAAAAGAAGAAAAAGAAAAAACUGAAGGAAAAGUCCAAUGAACUCAGUGAAAGUUCUUCUGAUUCAGAGAUGGAAUGGAUUGAAGCUCCUCCCCGUUCUGAUACUGGCAGCAUUAAAAAGCCCUGGAAAAUUCAGGAGGAGCAAUUAAGUUCUACAAAUAAAGCAGACCUUGCUCAGAGGGAAGAAUGGAUGAUGUUAGACUUCAUGUCUUUAAAGACUAUAUCCACUGCAGCAAUUAGAGCUGAAAAAUUGAAGGAGAAAGAAAUGGAACAUGAGAAGGUGCAAGCCAUGGAACAGGCUGAGAUACACAAAAGAGAACUGAAUCCCUAUUGGAAAGAUGGAGGUUCUGGUUUGCCAUCUGAGGGAAGUGGUUCAGUGCCAGUUCAAAAAGCUGCUAUGAUUGAAGAUGGUGGGCUGAGCUGGCUGAAAAAAUCCUAUCAGCGUAUGAAGGAACAGGCUGAGAAACAACAGUGCCGUCUGGAAGAUGUAAUUGCUGCAAGAUAUGGAUCAAUGGACUUAUUCCAAAAGAAGUUACAAGAAGCUGAAAAAGUUGCAGCGUUAAACUAUCAAGAUGACCGUGAAAGGAAUAGAAAAGAGAAUUGGAAAAAGUCAAGAAACUGGAGUUUUGGUCGAAAUGAAGCAAAAGGAUGUGGUUCUGAAAUGGGUCUGAGUGGAAACAAAAACAGAUACAAGGAAGAUGACAGAGAUAUUGAAAGGGAAAGAUCAGAAGAAAGUUUCCAGGACCUGAUCAUUUGCAAAGAAAGGGAUAAUGGAAGAAAAGACAUUCCCAGUAGAUACAAAAAUGAAUGCACAUCCAGUGACAGAGAGGUUGAAAUGAAACGUGCUAAAGAUAAAUGUACAGAUAAAAGUGGAGAAAUUAACAGAACCAGUGAAGAAAAAUACAAAGAGACGCAGGGAAGAAAUAUUAGUGCCAGAGGUUUGGAAAGUUACAAUUUUCAUGAUCCAGAAAAAGAGAAAUCUUUAAACAAUUUAAAAUCUAAAUUUAUGAAACCUGAGGAUGAAGGGAAUUUUAAUAGCAAAUGGGCCGUAAACCUUUUGGACACUUCUAAUUAUAUGCCAGAAUCACACCAUUCCUUUCAUAGUGGUUUUCAAAAGCCAAACAAAGACUGUCCUAUGAUGUCAACAUGGUACAAAACCGAUAAUGGAAACAAGCCUCCAGAAGAGUCGACAUCAUUUAAAUGUCAGAGCAGUGUUUCAGAACAUGAGGGAGGCCCACACUCUAUGAACAAAUCGACAGAGACUAAGCCCAGUCAAAGCAGCCUUGUACAAACACAAUCUUCACAAGAUCAUCAGGAGCCACUUUCUAGCAGUGCUGCUAUUCCAAUUAGAUCUCUUACUACAAGAAAAGAACUUCCACAACCCCUCAGUGAGGAAGAGAUGAAUAAACUUGGAGCAAAGAUCAUCAAAGCAGAGCUGAUGGGAAACGUGGAACUUGCGUCCAAACUUAAGAAUCAAUUAGAGGAAGCUCGGAAAUUGAAUGACCAAGGCCAAAAUCACCCAACAACUUCGACGGCAUCAAAGAGGACAGACAAUAUGACUGCAGAUGAAAAUCAGGAAGUGAUUCUUGUUCGAUCUGAUGAAUCAGGGAGAGUGUGGCCUGUUGGUGCCUCUGCAGAAUCUAACAGGCAAAAGGGAGGAAAGAAGAAAAGGCAAAUGAUUGAAACUCACCAUGAAGGCGAAAGGAUUCGGUACUUCCAGGAUGAUGACAAUUUAAGUCUACGAGACUUGGUCAGACAAGAAAAGAUGACUUCUGCAGAGGAUCAGAAUGAAAAAUUUUCACGACUGGCUUCUAAAUUUCUGGAGAAGAUAGACAGGGACAACUAUACAUUGGAUGACAUGUUUGUGUCAAAAGCAGCCAGAGAAGACCAAUCAGGCCAAGAUGAUGAAAGGCAACGAAAUAAAGCUAUUCUUGAGCACAAGAGAUUAGCAAGCCGCAUGGAGAAAUGUCAGUUUUGCUUUGACAACCCAGAGCUUCCAAAGCACCUUGUCAUUGCUAUUGGUGUAAAGGUAUACCUGUGUCUGCCCAAUUACCAGUCAAUGACUGAAGGUCACUGCCAAAUAGUACCUCUCCAGCACCACACUGCAGGUACCAUACUGGAUGAAGAUAUCUGGGAAGAAGUGCAGCUGUUUCGAAAAGCCUUGGUGAAAAUGUUAGAAGACAAAGGACUCGACUGUGUCUUUUUUGAAACCAAUAUGCAUUUAAAGAAACGUUUUCAUAUGGUCUAUGAAUGCAUUCCUCUACCAAAAGAAGUGGGAGACAUGGCUCCUAUCUACUUUAAGAAAGCAAUCAUGGAGGCUGAUGAAGAGUGGGCCAUUAACAAGAAGCUAGUUGAUCUUUCCACAAGGGAUAUCCGCAGAGCUAUUCCUAAAGGGCUCCCUUAUUUUUCUGUGGAUUUUGGUCUGCAAGGGGGAUUUGCUCAUGUCAUUGAAAAUGAAGAAAAAUUUCCUACUUAUUUUGGAAAGGAAAUAGUUGGAGGCAUGUUAGACCUGGAGCCUCGGCGUUGGAGGAAGAAAAUCAGAGAAAAUUUUGAUGAUCAGAGGAAGAAAGUGCUCCAGUUCUCACAUUGGUGGAAGCCAUACGACUGUACCAAAAAUAAGCAAUAAUGCUACCUAUCGUAGAAAAAUGGUUAUAGAUUGCUGAAACCUGGCAUUGGACAAUGGAACUAUGUGCUUCUCUACAUGGUUUUCCAAGAUCAUCAUGGAAGUUCGGAAAUAAUGACUAAUUUCAAUUUUUUUUGUUGAAUAUUGAGAAGGCAAAGAAAGCAGUUAGAUCUGAAUUUUGUACUAAAAUUAAUUACAAAUUGGUAUUAUUUUGUACUCUAAAUAGAAAAUCCAGAAACCAUAGUAUCUUGAUGCUUGCUGUUGGAUACUGUAAUUUUAAUUCAUCCUGGACUUUGAGAUUAAAACUCAUUAUUUCAGUUAAUGUUUAUGUAAGCAAAUAAAAUUUGAUAUGUAAACAAUGGUGAAAUUUCAUCACCAACACUGGGAACACUUCUCCACAUGUUAUUUGUUUACUACAAGAAAGAUGGAAUACAGAAGUAGGGAUGUUUUGCUCCAGUUGUAUAGAGCAUUGUUGAGGCUGCAUCUGGAAUACUGUUGUGGUGUCCAACUUAAGAAAACAUGUAGACACACUGAAAGCAGUUCAGAGAAGGAUUGCCUGACUAAUUACUGGAAUGAUCAUGUUAUUCUAUUAGGACAGAUUGGACACGUUGGGCAGUUUGGGCCUGUAACCGUUUGAGUUCAGAAGAAUAAAAGGUGAUAUUAUCAAAACAUAUAGAGGAUCCUUCUGGGACUUAACAGGACAGAUACUGAAACAAUGUUUUCUCUUGUGGGAAACUAGAAUUAAGGGACACUACCAAAACAAGGGGAGUACCAUUUCAGUUUUAGUUUAGGAAUUUACUUCUUUCAGAGUUGAGUCUUUGUAAAAAUGUCCAAAGAAUGUAAUGGAGGUGGGGGUGUUUUAAUGCAAAAGUAAAUAGAUUCUUCCCUAGCAAGUGAUAUUUGGAGGUAAACAACCAUGUGGAGUUGAGGCCUCAAUCAGUUCAACCGUGAUCUUAUUGACUAGCAGAGUCGGUAGAGAGACCAAAAAGUCUACUCCUUGUUCAUAUGUGUCUUCCUUAAAUUAUUACCGAUGAACAAAACUCCAUGUAAGUGUGUUGUGCAGUCAACUAAUACCCAAAACACACACACAGUGAUGAUUGUAAACUUAUGAAACAUAGAUUUCAACAACAGUGAAUCUUUUGCUAUGUUAUUAUUGAGAUGAGAAACCUGAAAUUGCUAGUAUAAACAUUUAGCUUCAUAGCUUCAGAUGAUUGAAAAUAAAUGAAAUUCAUUGUCCACACUUUCAUACACCUGGAUGGAAACUCUAUUACUGUUGUAAUUACACUCAUCAGGGUUUAGCUGUGCACUAUUUCUGUAAAGCACCAUAUUGCUCAAUAUUCAUCAGUAUUUUGGAUAUUAAAAAGUACUUCAAGGUUAUUGUUAUCACAAGCAAAUGGAAUUGUCUUCAUAUCCUGUUGUCAUGAAAGCAGCCGUAUCAUGCAGAGAAUAUCAGAAUACGUGCAGAGUUUGACACUCGACUGUAAGUUUGUUUAUAUCUAUUUGCAGUUAAUUCUUAAAGUAUCAUUUGCUUCAUUUUGAUAAUGGACCGUGAAAUGAUUUGAAAUUGGCUAUAGUGAAUAUUAGUAUUGAGAAUUAAAUAAAGUUUUAUUUUAAAUUUG